UACUGGUAACAUCACAUGGUGUCAGGACUCGGAUGGAGAAACUACGCGCGCCUCAAGCUAUUUCCUUCGGAGCAGCCGAUCUCGCACACGAGUGGAGAAAAUGGAGAAAGCAAUUUGAGAUAUACUUCCAAGCGGCCGAACUCUCGAAGAAAGCCUAAAGCAACACAAGUCGCAAUCCUACUUAACGUGGCAGGAAUCGAAGCGCAGGAAAUCUAUGAUGCGUUCGUCUUCACAGCAGGCGACGAAGGACCGGCGGUCGGAGAUGUCUUGAACAAAUUCGACGACUACUGCAAUCCGCGCAAGAACGAGGUAUUCGAGCGACACCAGUUCUGGAGCCGAGAUCAGCAUGAAGACGAGACAAUAGAUCGGUGGCUCACCGAGCUUCGCACAAAGGCGGCCACAUGUGGUUUUGGUGACCAGAAGGAUGAGCUUACUCGCGACAAGAUUGUAUUUGGAGUCAGAGACGGUCGAGUCAAGGAACGACUUUUAAGAGAAGCAAAUCUGACGUUGCAGUCUGAAUUGGACAUCUGCAGGGCCGCAGAGACAAGCACUUACCAAGCCAAAAUGAUGACUAGAGACGCCACGCGAGUAGAGAUCGACUCGAUGUCAAGAAGUUCGCAACGUACUUGCCGGCCAAUACCUGCCAAAGCAGCAGAAAAGGCAUGGAAGGCGAAAAAGACCGCACCGUGCGAGUACUGUGGCGGCUAUCACGCGCCUCGACAAUGUCCGGCAUAUGGUAAGACUUGUGCUAAUUGUCAUAAGUGCAAUCAAUUGUCAAAGGUUUGCCAGCAGGGAGCCAAAUCCGGCUACAAGCGGUCAAAAGCGGUCAACAGCUUGAGCGAAGCUGCUGAUACCCAAAUUGACACUGACGAUUCGGAUGACAGUUUGCUUAUGGGUGUUUUAUCCAUUGGGACAGUCGCGGUCAACGACGGCCGGACGGAGAAGCUGUCACUAGGGCCGACUACAAUGAAAUUGAAGUUAGAUACCGGAGCCAGAGCAAAUGUUCUGCCUUAUCGAAGUUACCGGAGAAUCCUGCGAACGACAGGCGGCUCAAGGGCAAUUAAGAAACCACUGACAUCGACAAAGAGAGUGUUAGUGGGUAUAGGAGGUGGCAAGAUUCGUCCUAGAGGAAUCACUACGAUAGAGUGUACCGUCGAGUCACGACGAAUCCAGGCUACGAACUGUCUUUCUUUCUACGUAACAGACGAAGAUAUCGCUAUUCUUGGCAGUCAGGCGUGUCAGGAAAUGAACUCAGUGAAGAAGAUAGGCAGCCUUAAGCCAGCACACGGACAGACAGAAGCCCCUAGCACAAGCAGCAAGGAGGGUCUGAUCAACAGGUACCACGAUGUUUUCGAGGGGUUGGGAUCCUACGAAAGAUCUUACCUCAUUCGACUGAAGGAAGAUGCAGUACCCGUGAUACAGCCAGCCAGGAAGUAUCCCUACGCAAAGAGCCGGAGACUGGAACGAGCCCUACGUCGAUUGCUAAGUCAAAGCGUAAUAGCAGACGUAGAGGGACCGACAGAAUGGGUACACAAUCUAGUUGUCACAGAAAAGAAGAAUGGCUCAUUAAGGCUGAAGGAGAAACAAUGGUGGGAGAAUCUGGACAUAAUAAAGAUAUAAACAUUGGAUAUGAUUGACAAUUAAUUACACAAAAGGUAUACCCUGCAUGUGUUUCAUACAAUGAAUGCAAUCACAAAGAAGAGAGACUGCAGACCCAACAGAGAGACUGCAUGCCUAACAAACAAACGGACAGACAGACAAACAGACAGACAGACAGACAGACAGACAGACAGACAGACAGACAGACAAACAGAAAGACAAACAGACAAACAAACAAACAGACAGACAGACAGACAAACAAACAAACAGACAAACAAACAGACAGACAAACAAACAGACAGACAGACAAACAGACAAACAAACAGACCGACAAAUAGAAAGACAAACAGACAAACAAACAGACAGACAGACAAACAGACAAACAAACAGACAGACAAACAAACAGACAGACAAACAGACAGACAAACAAACAAAUAAACAGACAGACAAACAAACAGACAGACAAACAGACAGACAAACAAACAGACAGACAAACAAACAGACAGACAAACACACAGACAAACAAACAAACAAACAAAGAAACAAACAGACAGACAAACAGACAGACAAACAGACCAACACAAACAGAAAGACAUACAUACAUACAUACAUACAGACAGACAGACAGACAGACAGAAAAACAAACAAACAGACAAACAAACAGACAAAUCACUGCAACUCAUGUCAGCAUAUUCUGUGUCUACCAGCAAUUACAACAAUUAGAUGUCUUACAAUGGACACUAAGAUUUGCAUAUGCAGAUACAGUGAAUAGCAUGUUUGAGGCCAAACAAUUGUACAUUCCAUUAUCU